AUGAAAAUAUUUAUUUUUGUCUUCUUGAUAAUAUGCACCAUUGGAAUUCAAGAAAAAGAAGUUAAUAUUGUUGUGUUCCGAGGAAGCAUUAGUGUUGCAGGAUGCCCUGCUUCGGUUGAAAAAACUGAUAACUAUACGAAAUGUGCAUAUCAAUGUGCAAAGAACACUAGUUGUCAGUUGUUCUCCUGCCCUCCAACAGGUUUUUGUAAUUUUUGUAAAUAUGAGUCUAAUUUUACCAUCAACAAAUACAUGCCAAGAUCUUACAUAGGAAUAAAGACAUUCAUCGGGACCUCCGAUCCAAGACCGUAUUGUAGUGUUCAAAGUGAUACUGAUUUAUCUAAUAUAGCAUUGGAAAGCUCUUCUAGUUCAAGCAUGGAAACGACAACAUUGACUCCGUUAUCUAAAUCUUGUCCGCAAUACUUCCAACUAAUCGAAAGACCUUCUUUACAAUGGUGUUUUAGUAUUGGCCACAAGACAAAUUGGACCGCAAUGAAUCAAAUUAGUGCUAGUAUGGUUUGUCAACAUUUGAACGCUACGAUUACUGGGCUGGAAACAUUAAAAGAGCUUGAACUUGCGAAAGGUAGAAAAAUCCGUCCGAGACCCAGAAAGAUCGAAUACGAUGGAUGCUCUUACAGAUAUUACAAUUGCAUCAAUCCUAAUGAUGAUGCUUUCAAAAAAUUUGAGAUUUAUCCGGAGAAGGAAGAGUUCUUUUUCGUAGUAUACGUGUCUCAAAAUGGUCGAAUGGACUACGAUGUUCUGAAAUCAUCAAAACCUAACAGACUAACUGAAGCAGAGUGUCAAUUGAUUCAUCGGUCCCUGAAAGGAAGAACUGUGAAAGGAGCUUUCGAAGAUCUAAAAUCAGGAGCCCUUAAUUUCAGUACCCGCCAAAUCAGAAACCAGAUGAAGUAUCAGCCGGAUUGUGUGAAGUCGAAGAGGGGCCGCGUGAGCGUGACAACACCAGAAUCACUCGCAUCUUUUGGAACAGAAAAUGGCUUCCGUUUAUUUCCUAGUGAUAACCAGUUUGGAGCGAUUUAUCUCGAUUCGGACACACUGAAUCUUUAUAUGAAUAGUCUACCGACAAAACAAACUGUACUGGAAUAUAGAAAGCUUUUAACUGGAUGCGAAGAUUGGACUUCAGAAGAAGUCAAUGAUUUUUUAUCUUGUUACAGUCCGACAGCAAAUAGUGGGAUUAUUAAGCAUAUGGCUGGACAGUUACAGAUUGAUAGCACUUUUGAUUUGUCAGAUUGUGUUGUGACAACAAUCUCUGGAGAUAUAGGAGACUUCACAUCGCGCUGCAGCGGAAAAAUUCGCCAUGUUCUUUUAGGAUUCAUGAUUUCCUCGUCGAAAAAUGCACUAAAUCACAAGAGUUUUGCUCGCGAAAUUGACGAUUUCUUCCUGCAAGUUGAUCCUAUGCGAAAAAAAUCAAUUCCAUCACUGAUGACAGACGGCGAAGAAUCUUUUAAAUAUUACAGCAAGAUGAAAUAUUUGGAAGACACUCAAGUUCUCAGGUGUCUAGUACAUCGUCGAAACAACUUGACAUUCAUUCAAAGUAAAAAGAAUAUAAGCCAGUCAGAUUUGAACAAAAUUUUCGGAAGACAGAUUGGAGAUGAAGUUGAAAAUGGAAUUUUCAAUGUAAUGAGUUCAGAAGCGAUGGAAGCGGAGAUUGUCAAGUGUAAUUUUGCGCCGGCUCUAAAGAAGUGGUUGCUCGAUAGAAAAGAAGAUCUCUUUUCAACCCAUUCUCUCCGAUCUCGUCUGAUGGCUGGGCUGCUUCUAAACUAUGCAUCUACGAAUCGAAUUGAGAACCUUAAUUCACGAAUCAAAAUUGCGAUUCCACGAAAACUAAAUGGACGCACUUGCUUGGAUAAGCUGUUGGAAUUUAUCGAGGAUGAGAAAAAGGAAUUUUGCAAGUCGAUUUUGACUGGAAAGAGCGAGCUGAUCCGAUACGCGAAUUUCAAAAAAACCGGAAUUUUGUCAGCACAAAGUCAAGUUAAAGCUUUGCAAAAACAUGGAUUUCGUACUUUUUCGUUAUCUCAUGUGUUUGAAAUGCCGAAAACCGUAUGGAGAAGUGUGCCGAAACAGAUGAAAAUUGGAGAAGUCUUCAAUAAGAACGUAAUCUACCAUAAAUCCGGUCAGUAUCUUGUGGAGAAAGAUAACAAAUCGUUUUUUGUUGUGAAAACGACCGAAACAAAUAUCGAAUGCAAGGAUCCCAAGUGUGCUUCAAAACCUGCUAUCACUUGCUCACAUGUCUUCGCUGUACUCAGUACACCGCCAACGAAAAAAUGCCAAGAAGUUCUGAAUAUUCGCGAAAAGUUCUUGAUUUCACUGUCGAGGAGUUUGCAAAUCAAAUCAAUCAACGACGGAAAAGACGCAAAAAGAUACCCGAACCGGAAGUACUCUAAAAGGUCACAUAAUAACGGCGGGAGAACUGUAUCCGAAUUCAAGAAGGUCAAUAGAAAUGUCUCUGGCGAGUCUGAAAGCGGUGAUGAUGAAAGGAAAGCAGAUGGGAAUAUUUCUAGUGAUGAGGAAAAUGACAGUGAUUGUGAUGUGAAUAGCUUGAAUUCUAAACCCAAUGUCUUCGAUGAGUCGGGAGAUAUCGUCGAGGAUGAAAUUAAUUGUAAUUCCAAUGAUGAACAUGUCAAUCUAGUCCUUGACCCUUCUGUGGAUCACUUGAACUCUCAUGAUUCUUGCAUGGAUCUUUCUGAUGAUCCAAGAAAGUAUGACAGCGAUUCUGAUGAGGAGAAUGAUAUUUUCGGAUAUCAGAAUGUCAAUCCAGUGCCGAAGCCAUCAAAUCGUGUCUCGAAUGAUCAUAGUUCACAGAUCGAUCUUCGUGAUGUUCUUGGAGAAAAGGGCUCGAGAAAGCCUGAAAGCGAUUCUGAAGAAGUGACCGAUGUUUCCACAGGACAACAUGUGAAACCAAUGUCUCUCAAAGAAAAGUUUCCGAUUGGAUACAUGCAUCGACUUUCGGAUGAUUCAGACGACAGUGAGACAAAAGACACCGAAACAACACCAGAAGACUGUCCAUCACCGCCUAGAAAGAAGUCAAAGAGAAACUCAGGUCCUCCUUCCCGCUACCAAGCUCCCUUCAAAUAA